AUGGCAGCAGUCCGUCUGCGAAAGGCAUUUCGAUAUCCAGAUGAUCUGGACGAGACCGAUCAGGCCGAUCUCGACGAACAGGAACAAGAGCAGCUUAUCGAGCAGUUGCAGCAUCAAAAUGAUACCCGCAAUGCACAAUAUCAUGUCAUCUUUACACUUAUUCCAGUUCUCGCCACCCUCCCAUUCCUCUCCAUGCUCUUCUCACCAUCAGCAUCGAGCAAUGGAGCAGGAACAGGGACAAUGACACAGCGACUUCUCUCUCUCCUCAGCAUCUUCUCCCUCCUCACCACCGCUUAUACCAUGCGUCUGGCACCCAUUCAUCCAGAUCGCAAGGGUAAAAAAGCCAUCACGGCCACUUCGGCCCGUCGAGAUCGAAUUCACGCGGCCCUGGUCCCAGUGAACGGAGUCGUGUGUCUCCUGCUCGGACUGGUGUAUGCGUGGACGAGAGCAUCACCGGUGGGAAUGCCGGUCUUGUAUUUGAUUCCUGGAGUGCUGCUGGCUGUGAUUUUGAUUGCGCGACAGACGAUGCUGUCGGUGGAUCUGUCGACGUUGAAGGAUCUGCAGUAUGAGUACAAGGGUGCUUGA